GCAGGGAAAUUCUUUCUGGUGGUUGGAAUUGUUAGUACUGAAUAGACCAGCUUCGAGAUAAAGAACCCCCAUGGGGCUUUCUGUCAGCUCAGAAAUCAUUGUGACCUCAGUCUUUUGCUGUGAAAUAACAUGACCAUUAAGAAAGUAGCCUUAAACAAUGUAUUUUGGGUAUGUUGAGGGGGAGGGACAAUUAUGAUCUGUUCCAAAGUGAACAUAACAGAUGAUCCCUGUGUCUGUGAAGCCUUUAAAAUUUAUAGUGCUCUUCUUCUGUUAAUCUCAAAUAAGAUUUAGAGUUAUUGUGACAUACUCUUAAAACCUGCAGUGUAUCAAAAGGCUCAUUUUUAAAGCAUCUUGAAAUGAAAUUAAUAAUGUAAUAUCUACUUCUUCAGAAUAGUAGUUUUUAUAUUCUGAAGACUGACUGACUGCUCUCAGCCACUUCUGAGUUCUCUAUUUUCAAAGAAUAAUUUGGUAAUUCCAUAAAGGAAAUCUGUAAAUAAGAGAAGAGAGUGAAUAUCUUUUAACCGUGUUUUUCCUGAUCUUUUCCAACAUCUUCAUUGUGGUUCUGUCCUUUAUUUUUUGGUUAAAUCCAGAGGUUUACUUCUGCCUUUAUCUUUCCAAACUAUUAAUCUGUUCACAAUCACUCUCCCAUUUAAACCCUUCAAUAGCCCCACUACCUUCGUAAUAAGGUCUCCUUAGCUUGGUAUCCAGAACACUUCAAUACUGGGCUUUGACCCCUGUUUUCCUUCCCCCACCUCUGUUUAGGUGCUUCACUGAGCUGCACCGAACAGCUCUUGGCCCCUUGAAACCUCUGCAGUCUCCUUGUCUCCCUCUGCUGGAAUAUUCUUCUCUCACUUCAUCUGAUCAUUGCCUUCAAAACUCAGCUCAUUUUCUUAUUUCCUUGCCCUUUUCAUGUCCCUUGUUUUCCUCCGAUUAAAUUAAUAUUCCGAACUCAAAAGAAAAACAACUCAGCUCAGGCAUCACCUUGCCUGGAAGGCUUCCCUAGUCCUCCUGCCUCCUGCAGACUUGUCUGGCACCCUGUGCAUUUGGGAUUUGGCACACUGUGUCUCGUCUGCGGCCUCCACUGGACGAUGAGACCUGUUCUUGGGGAAGAUCCCGACUAAGCCAUUUUCCAGUGGCACCUCUUCCACCAUGAGUUCCUGAGGCAGUCUGAUGGGGCUACUUUAUUCCAGAACAAUCACAAGACAAGGUUUCACUAUUUUGUACAAGCUGGUCUCGAAUUCCUGGGCUCAAGUGAUCCCCUUGCCUCGGCCCCCCAAAUGCUGGGAUCACAGAUUUGCUUGUAAAUGCAUCACGAAGAGGCAGCCCAGAAUGAAGAAAGCAAACAGGAGUGUUGGCUCAGUGCCUAAAGUGUCUGCAAUAAGUAAAACGCAAACAGCAGAAAAAAUUAAACCUGAAAACAGCUCUUCAGCAUCUACGGGAGGCAAACUUGUAAAACCUGGAACAGCAGCAUCAUUGUCGAAGACCAAGAGCAGUGAUGACCUUUUAGCUGGAAUGGCCGGAGGGGUAACGGUGACUAAUGGUGUUAAAGGAAAGAAAAGCACCUGCCCAUCUGCAGCACCUUCAGCACCUGCCCCUGCGAUGACCACUGUGGAGAACAAAUCCAAGAUUAGCACAGGCACAGCUUCUUCAACCAAGCGGAGCACUUCUACAGGUAAUAAAGAAUCCAGUUCUACUAGAGAAAGAUUACGUGAACGUACCCGAUUAAACCAGAGCAAAAAACUACCUUCUGCAGGUCAGGGAGCUAAUGACGUGGCAUUGGCCAAACGUUCCCGCAGUCGAACUGCUACAGAAUGUGACGUUCGUAUGAGCAAGUCUAAGUCAGACAAUCAGAUCAGUGACAGAGCUGCUUUGGAGGCCAAAGUGAAGGAUCUUCUCACACUGGCAAAAACCAAAGACGUAGAAAUUUUACAUUUGAGAAAUGAACUGCGAGACAUGCGUGCCCAGCUGGGCAUUAAUGAGGAUCAUUCUGAGGGUGAUGAAAAAUCUGAGAAGGAAACUAUUAUGGCUCACCAGCUGACUGAUGUGGAGUCCACUUUAUUGCAGUUGCAGGAACAGAAUACUGCCAUCCGUGAAGAACUCAACCAGCUGAAAAAUGAAAACAGAAUGUUAAAGGACAGGUUGAAUGCAUUGGGCUUUUCCCUAGAGCAGAGGUUAGACAAUUCUGAAAAACUGUUUGGCUAUCAGUCCCUGAGCCCAGAAAUCACCGCUGGUAACCAGAGCGAUGGAGGAGGAACUCUGACUUCUUCAGUGGAAGGCUCUGCCCCUGGCUCAGUGGAGGAUCUCUUGAGUCAGGAUGAAAAUACACUAAUGGACCAUCAGCAUAGUAAUUCCAUGGACAAUUUAGACAGCGAGUGCAGUGAGGUCUACCAGCCCCUCACAUCGAGUGAUGAUGCGCUGGAUGCACCAUCCUCCUCAGAGUCGGAAGGCAUCCCCAGCAUAGAGCGCUCCCGGAAGGGGAGCAGUGGGAACGCCAGUGAAGUGUCCGUGGCUUGCCUGACUGAACGGAUACACCAGAUGGAAGAGAACCAACACAGUACAAGUGAGGAACUCCAGGCAACCCUGCAAGAGCUAGCUGAUUUACAGCAGAUUACCCAGGAACUGAAUAGUGAAAACGAAAGGCUUGGAGAAGAGAAGGUUAUUCUGAUGGAGUCUUUAUGUCAGCAGAGCGAUAAGUUGGAACACUUUAGUCGACAGAUUGAAUACUUCCGCUCUCUUCUAGAUGAGCAUCACAUUUCUUAUGUCAUAGAUGAAGAUGUAAAAAGUGGGCGCUAUAUGGAAUUAGAGCAACGUUACAUGGACCUCGCUGAGAAUGCCCGUUUUGAACGGGAGCAGCUUCUUGGUGUCCAGCAGCAUUUAAGCAAUACUUUGAAAAUGGCAGAACAAGACAAUAAGGAAGCUCAAGAAAUGAUAGGGGCACUCAAAGAACGCAGUCACCAUAUGGAGCGAAUUAUUGAGUCUGAGCAGAAAGGAAAAGCAGCCUUGGCAGCCACGUUAGAGGAGUACAAAGCCACAGUGGCCAGUGACCAGAUAGAGAUGAAUCGCCUGAAGGCCCAGCUGGAGAAUGAAAAGCAGAAAGUGGCAGAGCUGUAUUCUAUCCAUAACUCUGGAGACAAAUCUGAUAUUCAGGACCUCCUGGAGAGUGUCAGGCUGGACAAAGAAAAGGCAGAGACUUUGGCUAGUAGCUUGCAGGAAGAUCUGGCUCAUACCCGAAAUGAUGCCAAUCGAUUACAGGAUACCAUUGCUAAGGUAGAGGAUGAAUACCGAGCCUUCCAAGAAGAAGCUAAGAAACAAAUUGAAGAUUUGAAUAUGACAUUAGAAAAAUUAAGAUCAGACUUGGAUGAGAAAGAAACAGAAAGGAGUGACAUGAAAGAAACCAUCUUUGAACUUGAAGAUGAAGUAGAACAACAUCGUGCUGUGAAACUUCAUGACAACCUCAUUAUUUCUGAUCUAGAAAAUACAGUUAAAAAACUCCAGGACCAAAAGCACGACAUGGAAAGAGAAAUAAAGACACUCCACAGAAGACUUCGGGAAGAAUCUGCAGAAUGGCGGCAGUUUCAGGCUGAUCUCCAGACUGCAGUAGUCAUUGCAAAUGACAUUAAAUCUGAAGCCCAAGAGGAGAUUGGUGAUCUAAAGCGCCGGUUACAUGAGGCUCAAGAAAAAAAUGAGAAACUCACAAAAGAAUUGGAGGAAAUAAAGUCACGCAAGCAAGAGGAGGAGCGAGGCCGGGUAUACAAUUACAUGAAUGCUGUUGAGAGAGAUUUGGCAGCCUUAAGGCAGGGAAUGGGACUGAGUAGAAGGUCCUCGACUUCCUCAGAGCCAACUCCUACAGUAAAAACCCUCAUCAAAUCCUUUGACAGUGCAUCUCAAGUACCAAACCCUGCUGCAGCUGCAAUUCCUCGAACACCGCUCAGCCCAAGUCCUAUGAAAACCCCUCCUGCAGCAGCUGUGUCCCCUAUGCAGAGACAUUCCAUAAGUGGACCAAUCUCAACAUCCAAACCCCUGACAGCCCUGUCAGAUAAGAGACCAAACUAUGGGGAAAUCCCUGUUCAAGAGCAUCUGUUAAGAACAUCUUCAACCAGCCGGCCUGCUUCCCUCCCGAGAGUGCCUGCAAUGGAAAGUGCCAAGACCCUCUCAGUGUCUCGACGAAGUAGUGAAGAAAUGAAACGGGACAUUUCUGCACAGGAGGGAGCGUCGCCAGCCUCUCUGAUGGCUAUGGGAACCACGUCUCCACAGCUUUCCCUGUCCUCUUCUCCAACAGCAUCUGUGACUCCCACCACCCGAAGCCGAAUAAGAGAAGAAAGGAAAGACCCUCUCUCGGCAUUGGCCAGAGAAUAUGGAGGAUCAAAGAGGAACGCCUUGCUGAAGUGGUGUCAGAAGAAAACAGAAGGCUAUCAGAAUAUUGACAUUACAAACUUCAGCAGCAGCUGGAACGAUGGGCUGGCCUUCUGUGCCCUCCUGCAUACAUAUCUCCCUGCCCACAUUCCAUAUCAAGAACUGAACAGCCAGGAUAAGAGAAGGAACUUCAUGCUGGCUUUCCAGGCAGCUGAAAGUGUCGGCAUCAAAUCCACACUGGACAUUAACGAAAUGGUACGGACUGAACGACCCGAUUGGCAGAACGUGAUGCUGUAUGUGACGGCAAUCUACAAGUACUUUGAGACCUGAGCAUGCCGGGAGGAGCCGCCCCAAUAGCGGGGGUACCCCUCCACAGUGACCAAGCAACACCAACGCCAUUAGCUACGCACCCCUGUAAAGCUUCCAGCAACUCUGGGCUGCCCCACAGCGUGUGAGCCUCCAGCUUGGGGCUUCCGUAUUGGCAGAACUCAGCCGUGUGGCCCACAGCUCCCACCAGGGCCCCUCCCACAUGACCUGUCCAUUCAGGUCAUGGGGGCUCAGCACACAUCCUGCAGGCUGGUGGCUGCUGGAGUUUUCCUUCUGAAGAGAAUAUUGAACUACACUAGUGCUCCAGGGCACCAAACAAAAAGGGCUCGUGCACAGCUGAAUUUGGGAAAAGGGAUUCAGUUCUGUGGGAAACUCACUGGGGUUGAUGAAGGCUCAGCCGCGGCACUUCCUGACUAUUGGCUGGGGUGGGUUCCGGUGCUGGUGAGAACCCAGAAGGAGAGUCAGCGCCUGGUAGUUCCCAGCGCCCUGGGCCCUUCACCGUCCUAGUUUGGAGGAGCAUGUCACCACAGACGUGGGUCAGCUGCCCCACACCUGACGGGGCUGUCCCGGCCGACACAAUCCAGGCGUGUUCAGCCUGAGCUAGGAGAGUAUCUAGAGGGCGUGGUGCGGGCACGCCAGGGCUGGGGUGCUGCUGCUGCACUCACGCGGCUGGGCUUUCUGGCAGGAAGCAGUUGCAGGGGCCCCUUGCCUGGACUCUGCGACCUGUCUUCCAGCCUGGAAGGGGUUUGGAGUCCCAGCUCUGGCUUUAGAUUUCUUCCUCAUAAGGAGUUUUUCUAGUUAAGAUUUUUGUUUUGUUACGAGCAAUGCUGGAAAAAGUCAAGUCGCUCCUGUUCUGUUAGUACCAAAGUUACAUUGUUUCAAUAAGCAUAGAAAUCUAAACAAGAUCUGUACAUUAGCAUGGUGAGAGCAAGGAAUGAAGCAGGAAAUAGUAGAAAAGUAAACAACUUUAGGGAGCUCAGGCAGUGUCAUUUAAACACACUGAGUCACUAAGACAUAAUUCUCCUAGGCCAGAGUUUAAGAAAGUGCCUUAACUCUUGUGAGGGCAGCCACUGCCCUCCAUGGCCAAGGCGGGACCUCCAAGACUCAGUGGUUGAGUUGUCUCCUACCCUCCCCAGGUGCUGGGUCCAUGCCCCCUGUGCUCACCCUCCCCAGGUGCUGGGUCCAUGCCCCCCGUGCUCACCCUCCCCAGGUGCUGGGUCCAUGCCCCCUGUGCUCACCCUCCCCAGGUGCUGGGUCCAUGCUGUUUGAACCAAAGCCUUAUUUAAAGGUGGUCACUGGAGAUGCUCUCAGGCUGGAACUCAACAGCUAUUUUUGGGAAUAGGGAUCUCCCGUGUGCCUAACGCAGUAGCUAUUGGUUUGAACAAUGUCCAGACAAGACCUGUAGCUUUGAGAAUACAACUGUGUUUGGCACCUGCAUAGCACCAUGAGGAAGACCAGCCACCAGUGGAAGCGGGGUCACUGCCCCACAGACUGGAUGCAAUGAGGGGCUCCCAGGAGGCCCAGCCAGCCCGAUUGUGGGCUGAGGGGUCUGCAUUCAAACACGAUGUUCUAGAUUAGGAGUUUUAACGUGUCUGCGUAGCCUAGAAUGUGGUUAUUAGGAAAGGGGCUGUGCAUGUGGGUGCGGCUGCCGGCACACCUGGUCACCAGAUGGCCAGGAGCUGCCCAUCAGCCCUGCCCAGAUGUCAGCCUGGGAGCUCAGGCUCCUGCCGCCGGCUGGAUGCCCUUUGGUGAAAUGCCCAUUUUCAGCUAAGAAAGGAGAGGCCAGGCAAGCAAAGUCAUGCCACAAAGCAUACCAGAGACCCCCGCAGACGCCUGGCCCAGUCCCGCCCCCCGUCUGAGUUGUGUUCUUGUUACUGUUCCUCUGUUGAUGGCCAGCCCUGCUGUUGGCAUGAGCCACUGAUGUUCGUGUGAGAAUUAUUGUUUUUAAAUGUCUCUCCACUUGGGUAUCCUCAGUUCCCACUUUUGCUCUCAUUUGCCUUCACAGAGGCCAGUCCACCUGUCCGGAUCCAGCUGUCUGGUCAUGGUUUGGUUUAUUUAUUUUGUCCUUCAGGGGCUGUUUUGCCCUAAGAAUGAGGAGACUUCCCCGGGUCUGCAGUUCCCGACUUUAUCCCUUGCUGGCCAUGCGAGCCCAGCCCUGGUGUCUCAUGGGAUGAGGGGUAGGGGUGCCCAGGAUCUUCUGGAGGAGGGUGGCCAUGGAUGGAUGGGCUAUAUCUGUGUCUUCCCUCUGGGAGUCUCAUGGGCCCAGCAUCAGGCCUGGGGUCAGCAACAGGGAAAGAGGGUGGGCAUGGGAAGGGCCUGGCCCCGCCUAUCUAGAGGCUUGCCUCGGGCCCCUCCUUGGGGAGGGUUUGCAUGCAGAGCUGCAGGGGAGAGGGUUCCAGAGGCAUUGCCUUUUGCCUCAUCUAAUAGGAUCCUUAGAACACUGUGGGCUUUAGGAAUGACCAUAGAUGCUCACAUGUGUUUAAAGUGACAUUUGGAGAUGCUCUCAGUCCUGUGGCACCUGGCACGAAGUCUCCAGGAAUCCACUUUGCCUCUUCUUCCUUCAAGCACAAGCUUUACUGCAAAAGGGCCAGUCGCGAUUCUGUUUCUCUCGAUCCCAGGCUUCUGCGGACUGACGAUACUUUUAAAUGUUGUUCUAGUAAAUAUUCUUGAAUGUAUUAAAAUGGCUGAAACAACAA